AUGUUCUCCUUUGCCAUUCUGACACUCUGGAGGGAGGAGGACUCCGCCCAUGCCUGUCGCAUCGCCCCCCCCCCCCCAACGGUUACGUGCUGCUUCCUUUUAUCCCCUCUCUCGCCCGUUUGCCGUUUCUCUUCCUCCGGCAGAAGAAACCUUGGGGCGAGCAAAGCGACGGAAAUGGAUGUGCGCAUAAGCCGCGUCGAGAUUGGACCCCUCCUGUCGCAGUGCGCGGAGUCCAAGGUGUAUGAGUGUAACUUUUACGGCCACCGCGCCGUCUGCAAGCACCGGUUUUCCAAGGCGUACCGCCACCCUGCGUUGGAUCAACGACUCCGGGAGCAGCGGACGGUGCGGGAAGGUCGAGCGCUUGUGCGGUGCCGCAAAAACGGGGUUAUUGCCCCCACCGUCUAUGCUGUCGACCGUGAACGCUGCGCCAUCGUGAUGGAGCGCAUCGACGGCCUCACCGUGCGCGAGUUCCUCAACCAGGAGCAGGAAAAGGCCACACAUGGACAGGCGGCGGAUACCGUUUUAGCCUCACGCCUGCUAAGGGGCAUGGGGGAGGUGGUUGGACUCCUGCAUAACGCCGAUAUCAUUCACGGCGAUCUAACAACGUCCAAUUUUAUAUGCAGACGCGAGAUCUUGGACGCGCAGGGGCCCUCCGUGGAGGAAUUGGCGCCCAAGCCCCCUUAUCGUGACGGUAUCGUUGUGAUAGACUUUGGGCUGGUGAUGGACAAGAACAGUGCGGAGGAGCGUGCAGUGGAUCUCUACGUGCUUGAGCGGGCGGUGAAGUCCUCCCAUCCCUUUCUUGAGCACGUGUCGACCGCGCUGAUCUUGGAGGGCUACCUUCGCACCGUGGAGGCGCAAAAGGGGGCUGCGACCAUAGCGCGCCUGGAGGCGGUGCGGGCUCGCGGCCGCAAGCGGAGUAUGAUUGGCUAA